CUGGUGUCGGUGCUGCUGUCAGGAAUUUUGACAGAAAUCAUCUAAUAUCUCCAAAACGGAGAGGCGGAUUACCAUGUCAACAAGCACAAUUGGAGUAUAUACAUAAACUAUUGGAUACAUGUAAAAAUUUCAGCAAAACUUCGCCAUUUAGUAGGAAAAAUUCCAGGAUAUUUGCAAGCGCCAGUGCAGUGUUUAGGUCCGCUUAUCUCCAUACUGCUGGAGCCAUACGGCUUUUAGUGUAUUUGUACACACUCCGCAAUACCACAUCGCAAAGAGCAGUUCAUGAGUUAGAUUUCUGUGCGUAAAUAUACGGAUAGCGUUCCACUUUAUUCAAUUUGUCUCAAAAUUUGUGGAGUUAUUUUCGGUUUUCUUUGUAUAUUUGGAAUACAGAGUAUAUCAGCUUUACGAGGAUAUGUUUUGGGGCCGAAAACCUCCGGAUAAAGGUUAUUUUUAAUGGUCUAUGUUUCGGUCCAAACGCACUAUUCUCUCGAAAAAGCUUUGGCGGUUGAGGGUCCAUGAUGAAGCCAGGAGUGAAAUUGAAAACGAAAAAGAAGAAGACCAAGAAUUAAAAUCGACGCUUCACUCGAUGCUUAAGAGAUUAAAAGAACACCAGUUGGAAAUUUUAUUGAAUAGUAUAGAGGGACGUGGGGGUGAGGUUACCGAUUGCGUCCUCAUGCCGAAACAGGAGAUGAAGAUUGGACGCCGCUCUGUUGAGCCGCAUCUUUUGAUGUGCGAGGUUUUUCGGUGGCGGAAUUUAGCCCGAAAACAAGACGUUGGGAAGCUGAUAUGGUGUACUAAAGCUGAACAGGGACAUAUAUGCUGCAAUCCGUAUCAUUAUAGUCUUAUUAUGGAAAUAGACACCCCCACUCCACCGAUGUCAGAUUUGGAUUUAGAAAACUUUUCUCGGAAAGAGUCACCGAAGGAGCCUAUCUCCACAGAAACGGGUGGAACACCUUCAUACCUCCGUGCCAUACAAGGCGACAGCCAGUCGAACAGCGGACGGUUGAACUACUGGUGCAACGUUGCAUACUGGGAGCAUCGACAGCGCGUAGGACGUCUGUUUACCGUCACCAACGACUACGUCAACAUUUUCCAGCAGCUUGCGCACGGCGAUGGAAUGUCCCUUGGCAUCUUACAAUCAGACGACCAAUGUUUAGAAUCGGUCAAACGAACUCGAGAGAAAAUCGGCUUUGGUUUAACGCUGAGCCGUGUAGAUGAAGCCGUUUGGAUGUACAACCGGUCGGAUUUCCCGAUUUUUGUAAAUUCACCGACUUUAGACGAUGCGUGGUCGCGGACGUUUAUUGUGCAUAAGGUACCACCGGGGUAUUCAGUGAAAAUAUUUGACUAUCAGCAAUCGUUGAUUUUAGAACAGACUCGUGAUCGGGGGUCGUUAGAUGGUCCGUUCGACCCAAACGCAAUACGGAUUAGCUUUGCCAAGGGUUGGGGCACAACGUAUUCACGACAAAUCGUGACCUCAUGUCCGUGUUGGUUAGAAAUUUUAUUACGGACAACAGAUAGGUGAUAGUGGCUAUACUGGCACCAUCUUUGGGUCAAUAUUGGAAUCAACGGGUUACCUCAUUUCGAUCAUGUGACAAUCACAUGGCAUGGUUUGUGGCAGAAUAUGGCAUUGUGCGACAGAAUGUGUACAGAGAAUAAUGGGUUAAUCAGAGUGCCACCUAGUGCAAAGAUGACAAACUAUAAUAAUUUGGAUUUGAACUUUCUUGGAUUACAAUGAUGUUUCAUUCUUGAUUUGAGGGACGUUUCACGGAGCCUCACUUGGGAUGUGGAGCCUUGCUAUGGAUUGCAAGAUAAUGGAAACUUCCUUCGUUUCUCAGGGAUUGUAGAAAAACUGGAACAGUCGAAAAACAAUGAUAAACGGAAUAAAUUGACAUGUUCUUGAAUCGUCGUUUUGUAGCUAUGGUAACCGUUUCCAAGGACUCUAUCAGCCAUUUUGAAUUUGUGGUCUGUUGUUUCAGACAUUUGCUGUUCUAGUCUUAUUUGUGGCUUUUAAGGUUUCCAUGGAAACGGUUGUUUAACCCUUUCAGAUUUGAAUGGAAACUAAAAAUAGAAUGACCGAGAAAAAAGUGAUCUUUCAAGACAACUUUCUUUGUUUUCUGUUAAAUCACUUUUUUGAUUGAUGAAGAUUUUUGUCCGGGAAAACCUUUUUCAUUGCUAUGGCAACUCAGUUGUUGCAGUGGUAGUGAAAUUGGUUUAUAUGAAAACAAAUGUUAGUAAGUGCCUUGUACUCCAUUUAGAACAACUAAGGAGGGGAGUAAAUCUAUGCAUACAUUUCAUUGGUUAGUUAAUCGACCAAUCAGAAUGUUUGUCUUCACCACAUGAUCUUUCUGUUUGUGAAAUCCUGGACUUUUAUAGCAAUGCAAUGUAUGUUCAACCUCAGACCCAGGUGAACUAUGAACUGAGGUUUGGGUAUGAGGAUGGCUGCAGCAGUCUGAUUGAGCAAGGUCAUAGAGGAGUAUAGAAUCAGAUGUUUAAAAUCAAUCACCUGAAAAAAUUGGUGAAUGUUGACAUGACUAUUUGAGUUUGACACUAAAAAAAAAAGAAAAGGGAAAUAUGCAUAUGAUUGGUCAAGCGAACUGUUGCACCAUGGGAUCCCCAAUUGAAUAAAUUAUGUUAAUGUUCCAGAAGAUCAAACCUGUAAAUAGAUGUUUUAAUGACCAUCAGUAAUUAAUAGUUCCUUGUCCUGUCACUAGAGGGCCAGUAUGAUCUGGAGGACAAUCUCCCUUGAAGCAGCGUAGCCCAAAAACAUGUCAUUCAAACAUAUGAGCAGAACAACUGAUCAAUUUGAUUUUUGUCUGGCUUAUUUUUGGGUCUCUCUGUAGAGUGUCAGACACCAUCUAUUGUGUGCAAUGUUUAAAUCUCAACCUCACCCAAGGGGUUAUUCAAGUAUAGAUGUGAACAUUGUCUCUAUAAGCAGAAUAAUCCCUUGGGACCGAGGUUGUAUAAAUCUCAGGUUUGUGCUGCCCUCAUUCGAGCUUCAUAGGAACUAUAAUGUGUAGUUCUGUAAAUUGUAUAUAGGGGGCGCUAUGAAACCUACUUGGGUGUUCAGUGUGACACUCAAACUUCUGUGCUUUGACCAGUGCAUGUGGCUUAAUUUCAAUCACUUGUCAACCAAUGGCAGCUCAGGUCAAAGGUCAAAUUGCACACGGCGGGUUAGAUUACGACUUCACUGUGCGUCAUCAUUUUCAAAUAUCUGCCCGUCGUUUCAUGCGAAAUUUUGCAAGAUGAAAUGUAAAACAGGGGAAGAUUUGGAAAUUUAUAAUGAGGAGGUAUUUCAGAAUGAUUACAAUCGUGUGAUAUUGGUGGUGUGCACGGCUUAACACUGCCCUUGUGGAUCUGGUUUUAUUAUCUGACAUUUUGUCCACCGAGUUGGGUGGGCAAAGUUCAGAGGUCAGGCCAAACCCUAACCGAGCUAGUUCACAGCCCCACCACCAGGGGUUGCAUCAUUUCGUUCAAUUGUUAUUUUGUCCAAAAGUUGAACCAAUGUUAAAAAUUGAUGAAAGAAUUCUUUGAAUUGAUGCCAGAUGGCGAUUUUAAGUUAUUGACACUGUUACAUGAAAUUCAGUACCCUCUUUUAUACUUACUUCAUUGAUGGUUGAAUUCAGCGACUUCUUUAGUUCUAGACCUUGCCAUAGGGGGCACCAUCCCUUUGAGAUUACAACCCAAUUCAGAAAUGAUGAAAUUACGCAACAGUGUGCUAUGAUUUCAUUAAUAAUCGUAAUAAUGAUUAUAAUAAUCAUGACUUUAUUAUUACUAUCAAUUACUGAUGCAUGUAUGUGUACAUUUUUUUGAAAGUCCAGAGUUUUUAUUGCAAGGGCUUUAAUGGAUUAUUUCUGCUGGUGUUCAUGUUUAUUUGACAAUCUUUCCAAUCUCGUAUCCAGGUAAUUUAUUGCGACAACAACCUCUUCUUGCCAUUAGAAUUUAGGUCAGUAAAUAGUCUUUUUAGGUAUGAGGUUGGAAAUGAGGCACGUGAGUGAAUUAUGCACAGUUAAGCCAUUUUUAUUGUAGGUGUGUGAUUAUUCUUGCAAUGAGCAAUAAAAAAAUUGCAUGUCUGCAGGUAUAAUCACUUGUUGCAGCGAUGCGCGAUAAAUCAAACAAGUUUCAUAUUUAUUGCGUGUCACAGUUUUGACUGAUUUUUGUCGCAUGCAAUAAAUAUUGCACAUCACUGUGAUAAAAAUUGCCUGUCUGUGCACUUUAGAUGUGCUGGAAUAUUAGGAUCUAUGAGGGGGAUUGGAGAACGGUGCAUUGAUGUUAAUUGUAAUAUGUUAAUUUCAGUUGGCGAAUUCAAUUCCGAGUAAAAAUUUUUGUUCCGAAAAAGAGUUCUGUUUGAUAAAUUCUUUUUUAAAACCUUGUGAUAGCUCUAUUUAAACUUUCAAAAGAUGAAAUGAAUUUUUGAAGAUGAAGAUUUAAAUUAUUUCAAUGAAUAUGAAAUGUCAGUGUACGAAUAAUUCCAAAAGCUUAUGUCUUGUUUUUGGGGAUUUGAUUGAUAAAGAGGCCUAUUAAGGGCAUUUUCUGUCAGUUCUAGAGCAUAUCCAUGACUGCAUGUGUUGUUCAAGGGCUCCUAAAGAGAUUAAGAAAAUUUAGAAUGGCCAAAAAUUGAUAUUUGGAGAAAUUAUUCGGAACGAGUGCUUUCGAACAACGAGGUUGCUUGAGUUUGAAUGGGCGUGACAAUUCUUAUUGUGACAGCAUAUUUUCUUCAAAUACCCAUAUCUUUACUGUUGUUAAAAGGCAUGGGUUAGUUGAAAUUCAGGUUAUCAAAAUGCUGGGACGCUGCUUAUGGUACAGUUGUCACCAUUUUGUUAUGCUAAAAACAAGCUUCAAAUCUGAAAACCUCUUAUUUUGUCAAAAGUCGGCCAUUUGAAUGAAUUAUACUCCUCUUAAUUUCGAUUAGUUUCUUUUGAAGUAAGGUACAGUGGUACAAUUACAGCCAAUAUAGUGUUGGGACUAUGAUUGUUCAACCUUACCUUACAAUUAAGUUUUCCAAUUUCAAGCAAUUUUUUAUGUUUUGGCACCACUGUUCGUCCCUCUUUGAUGAUAUUCGAUAUGAGGACAUGAAACAUGUCGCUAUCUAUUGUUUUUUCAAAGCAUUUUCAUAAAUUUCCAGAAUUAUGUGACAUUGGAAAUAGGUAAUAUAGUUUCACAGCUAACAUUUUGAAAAAACUCCUGGGCAAUGAAUCUUGACUAUAUCAUUACUUCUGAUAGAACUGUAACAUUUGUCUAUAUGGUAGUUAUCUAAAUUGUUUUCUGAGGAGCUUUUAGUAGAAUUUGCGUCUAAGGCCGAAGUUACAUAGACCUCAUUCGUUCAUUUCCCAGGACUCAUUUUCCCCUUUUGCUUUCUUUCCCCUGUGAAUGCACGGCCUUGUGGCGUGCAUUCACCGAGGAAUGAAAGAAAAACCCGGAAAGUGACUCGUGGUAAAUGAACGAAUGAGGUCUAUGUAACUUCGGCCUUAGCGCUUCCUUCCAAAGGUUUAGGGUUAAAGACAUGACUUGUUCAUACUUCCUGAAACAAGAUAGAAUAACUAUCGUCUGCUCGCACGAGACGUAGAGUGACUCAGGAAGUCGUGUCUCCUGUGCAUGUUUUGGCUCACGGCUACACGAAGACGGUGCCAUCAUGGCUACUUCCUGCCCCCGGAGAGUCUACAGCAGAUCUGACUUCAAUUUUCACUCUGUCGUUUAUUGGGUAACCAUGGUAACAAAAUAACCCUUAAUUGGAAGACAGGGCCAGAAAUUAUGAAAACGGUUGUGGAUAAUUAUGGCGAUGUCAACUUAAUUAUUUCAAGUUUUUUCAUUUCGUGUAUUCAUUGAGUUAAUUUCUGUUCUUGCAGAAACAGGGAUAAAUUGUUGACGUUUAAAACAAGAAGAUUUAUUUGAAUACUUAUGGCAUUUGAUACAGCAGUCCAUUUUCACUGCAAGAUUGGCCUCAUUAACUGAGGAUUUGCCUACAGCAUGCUACAAAAAAAAAGGUAUCUUUAUCUCACUUGAACGGAGGAAAACUUGAUACCCAAAGUUUACUUGUAAAGAUACAUUGUUUUGACAACAGGAAUUUGAUACUUCCCGAAUUUUAUCAAACGCAGCGAAGUUUGUCGAAUACAACAGUGCCAAAGGCAGUAAAAUAAACAAUUUCUUUUGCGUUUAUUUUUCAAAUUAUUGCGAGACUAAAUUUUGGCCUUCUGUCGCCUGGCUGCUGCUAAACUGUGGAAUGAAAUUACAGCCUGGCACCUGUCAGAUGGAAUACAUUUGAAAACGUACACCCGAUCGUUCGGGUUUUUCUAACCGUUGAUGUAAAUUUUUAUUUAUAUUCCCAGAAUGAAAUUGAAUAUUUUGAAGUAGAUUAAUUACUGUCUACGAUAAUGGCUAUCACAUUGUCUGCACUCAUACAACAUGCAAAAUUAAGCUAGGUCUAUGCAUAUAUUGUUUAAAAACGUCUGCUCAUAUUUCAUUUGAUUGAAACUUAUCUGAACUUCUCUCAGCGCUGUGGAGAAGCUUGUCAUAGAUGUACCGUGCUAUACAGACAGGAUGAAUAGUCCAAUGGCUACCUCCUUUGUAUUCAUGAUGAACAAGUGCAUGUUUUGAUGCCCCCCAGUGUAUAGCCGAUAUGAAACACACUAGAAUGAAAUUGAAAUACCUUGCAUAAAAAAUAAUGUGAUAAAAAGACUUUCCUCCUUGGGUGUAUAGCUGGUACGCUUUUACACUGUGCUCGUGUCAUGCAAUGAGCUGCGAUAGACUGGUAUGUUGUUCUGACGUACAGUAGAUCGGUCCCCUGACGUCAUGACGCACUUUUAUACGAAAUGCAUUGUGGUAUAAUGUUUGUCAUUGCCCCAAAUAACAUAGAUGGAAUAACAUUUAGGAAAUGGUAAACUCUGCUGAAAACUACUGAGCGUAAAACUUGUAACAUGAGUAAAGUCAGUUAAAGGAAGAGGAAGGUAAUUACAAAUGAAUCCAGGAAGUUGCGAACUUCAGGAACCUUUUGAUUGAAACAGCAGGCUCCAUCCUUGUCUAACAGCUAUAAAAAUCACGAAAAAUUUGAUCCCUGAUCAUGUUUUCUGUACAUUUUUUUAUAGUUAGACACAGGCACUUUACAAAAUUCCCCGAAAACGUUAAUGGCUGUUACUUCCUGAUCACGCUCUUGAGAUAAUAGAUGCCAUGAAAGAUGAUGGUAGCAUCCUGGUUGUGAAGCUAAGAAAGAGGAAUUCUAACAACUCAGAUGGGGGGGGGGGGGGCUCCAUUGCUACCCCAACCCUUUGACCAAGGCCCCUAGGUUUUUUAGUAUUUUUCAUGGAACGUCCAAAAAGAUUAUCCUCCUUCAACGGAAAGUAAAAUUGAAAAACAUUCACAUGAACAAUGCAAACAUGUACAAUGAAAUACUACCCCAUCCAUCCUGAUGAAAAUAACAUUGUUCCGACAGCCAUAUUAAUUAAUCACAAGCCUCAUUAUCAUGAUCGAAGUGCGAAGUUUGGCGCCAACCAGGAUAAAUGAUCCCAAAACAUGUCAGAUGAUAUGCUUUUUCCUGCAAAAGCUAUCACAAGCUCUUGCAACAGUCUAACAGACAUCAAAAACAUCGCAAUUUGAUCUUCUUUAUCUUCCGUAUUGGUUUUAAUUAGGAUCAUUUUCCUUCUUGAUUGGGAACACAAUAAAAAACUGUUGCUGAUUGUUUUCAAAGUUUAUGUCAAGAAAAGCCUGUUAAGGUUUUAGACUCCUCAAGCAGUACUGUAGUCGAUAAAGGACACUGCAGAGGAGCGACUAUUUUCACAUGCAAUUUAAAUUGCAGAUCACAGUGACUUGCUCGUGUGCGGGGUGGGAUUACUGUCAUAUUCACUUUGAGGAAAAUGUUACCAAAGAUUCAUUGUUCAAGCUGUUGUUUCAAAUUGCACAAUGGGUGUGUGAACUUAUACACUGUAAUUAGGAGGGGUGGUUUUUUCUACAUAAUGUCACAUGAUUCUGGAACAGGGGUUGUAUGGGAAGUGGGAUUGAAGCAAUACAUUUUGGCAAUAACCAUGAAUUGCCAUGGUCUUGUGUAAAGCAGUUCAUGAUUGGCUGAAAAUCUGCUGUGUCUGCAGAAAAUUUCAAAAUCAGCCAAUCACUAUGCAGCUAAUAUCAGGUAGUAAUAUUAUUGUGUAAAUUGUAAAUAAGGAGGCGGACGUCGCCUCACUUUGGAGGUAUCCAAUGAAAAUGCAUUUUACAUUUUCUAUUUGUACGUUGAAGUAAAAGCUGCAAUUUGAUUGGUGGAAAUUUUGUAGCUUAAAAUGUGUACAGAUUCUACAUAGACAAGUAUGUACAGGCCCGGAACAUGAAUAAAUAAAGAAUUGUAAAAAAUUGA